AUGGUGAACUUAAGGAAAGCGGUGCACUCAUUCCUUGUGCACCUAAUCGGCCUAUUGGUUUGGCAAUGCGAUAUUUCUGUGAGCCCAGUUGCAGCCAUAGUAACUGACAUUUUUAAUGCCUCCGAUGAUGGACGCGUCGGAGUUCCAGGCGGGGUACAAAACUGGCCAGCACUUGUAAUCGUCAUCAUAAUAAUAUUGACGAUAGGUGGCAACAUUCUCGUCAUCAUGGCAGUACGCUUUGAGAAGAAGUUGCACAAUGCCACCAAUUACUUCUUAAUGUCCCUAGCCAUUGCUGAUAUGCUAGUGGGACUACUUGUCAUGCCAACUUCUCUGCUGGCAAUCCUUUAUGAUUAUGUCUGGCCACUCCCCAGACCUUUGUGCCCCGUCUGGAUCUCACUAGAUGUUUUAUUUUCGACAGCGUCCAUCAUGCACCUCUGCGCUAUCUCGCUGGAUCGGUAUGUAGCAAUACGUAAUCCUAUUGAGCAUAGCCGUUUCAAUUCGCGGACUAAGGCCAUCAUGAAGAUUGCUAUCGUUUGGGCAAUUUCUAUAGGUGUGUCAGUACCGAUUCCAGUGCUUGGACUGAGGGAUGAAAGCAAGGUGUUUGCUCGCAAUACCACCUGUGCGCUGACCGACCCAAAUUUCGUUCUUAUUGGGUCCUUCGUAGCGUUCUUCAUACCACUGACGAUUAUGGUGUUCACCUACUUGCUGACGAUUUAUGUUCUUCGAAAACAAGCUCUGAUGUUACUGCACGGCCACACCGAGGAACUGCCCAAGAUCAGCCUGGAUUUCUUGAAGUGCUGCAAGAAGAAUGCCACCGAGGAAGACAACGCUGCUAACCCUAAUCAAGACGUGAGACCUCGCCUAAGAAGGAAAGAAAAACGUCCCAGGGGCACCAUGCAAGCUAUUAACAAUGAACGGAAAGCAUCGAAAGUCCUUGGCAUUGUUUUCUUUGUGUUUCUGGUCAUGUGGUGCCCGUUUUUUAUUACUAAUAUUCUGUCGGUUCUUUGUGAGAAGGCCUGUAAUCAACAGCUCAUGGAAAAGCUUCUGAAUGUGUUUGUUUGGAUUGGCUAUGUUUGUUCAGGAAUCAAUCCUCUGGUGUACACUCUUUUCAACAAAGUUUACCGACGGGCUUUCUCCAACUAUCUGCGCUGCAAUUAUAAGCCAGAAAAAAAGCCUCCGGUCAGGCAAAUUCAGCGAAUUGCUGCUACUGCUUUGUCUGGGAGGGAGCUCAAUGUUAACAUUUACCGGCCUACCAACGAACGCGUGAUAAAGAAAGCUGAUGACAAUGAACCAGGGAUAGAGAUGCAAGUUGAGAAUUUGGAGCUCCCGGAAAAUCCCUCCAAUGUGGUUAGUGAAAGGAUCAGUAGUGUGUGAGAAAGCGCAACACAGUCUUUUCCUACAGUAAUGCUGGUAAUGUAGGAAAAUAUUCUUCUAUGAUCUCCUGCUGGUUCUAACUAAUGUAAAUACUGCUGUCUGAAAAAAAAGUGUUUUUUAUAUAUAGCUUUGCAAUCCUGUAUUUUGCAAUCAUGUGUACAAUAGUGAGAUUUAGGGUUCUAUAUUUACUGUUUAUAAUAGAUGGAGAAUAACUUAUUUUGAUUCUUUGAUGCAUAAAAUGUUGAUUGUUUUCUUUCCUUUCCUUCCUUCCUUCCUUCCUUCCUCCCUGCCUCCUUCUCUCUCUCUCUCUCUCCUUCUUUUGUGAAUAAGGAAAUGUUCAUCUCAGGUGGCAUUUGCAGGAGACCAGAAUGAUGCAUAUGACAGUGGUUGUAUUUCAGCCACACCAAAAUUAAAAAUUCGGUGGAAUAUUUUUCCAGGUUAACAGUAAAUAUAUACUUUAAAUACUUGCUGUGCUGUGCUCAUCCAUCUACACACAUAAACACAGUAAGAUAGGUUCUGCCUUCCUAUACUCUGUCAUAUCGUUAGUGAGGCAAAGGUAGAACGUAGCCUUUUUGUCACAUAUGGGGCAAAAUUUGACAUUGUCAGAGUGUUGUGUUGAUAUUGUUCUGCAAUGUCUGUCCCCAAACAUAGUGGUAUUUUAACAUAAGCAGCUGGUUAACCGGGACUACAGAAGUGGAAGGAUAAUAUGAGAUACAUCCACGAAUAGCUUUUCACUUCUUAAGGACAAUGUUCAAAUUCUGAUUAUAAUGACAAACAAAUUGAAAUCAAUGUU